AUGGCUGUUUUAAUGUUUGUGCCUGCUCUUCUCUUCCAGCCAGCAUUUCUUGAUCUGGCGUUUGGGGCAGCUUUGGCUGUUUUCUUAGUGUUGGAAAUUAUUCGAGUAUGGAGAAUUUGGCCUCUGGGACACCUUGUGCAUCAAUUUAUGAAUGCUUUUACUGAUCAUCGUGACUCUGAUCUUCUUAUUGUCAGCCAUUUUUCACUCUUAUUGGGAUGUGCGAUUCCGAUCUGGCUGUCUUCUGGUUUCAAUGACCGGCCACUGGCCCCUUUCGCUGGGAUUUUGAGCCUUGGAAUUGGAGAUACGAUGGCAUCGAUGGUUGGCCACAAGUAUGGAGUUCUCCGGUGGAGCAAAACAGGCAAGAAAACAAUUGAAGGUACCGCUGCUGGCAUAACUUCGGUCCUGGCAGCUUGCUCUGUUCUCCUUCCGCUUUUGGCAACAACUGGACAUAUAUUUACUCAGCACUGGUUCUCUCUUCUCCUGGCUGUAACCGUGAGUGGUUUGUUGGAGGCCUACACAGCACAGCUUGAUAAUGUCUUCAUACCACUCGUUUUCUACAGCCUUCUCUGUCUGUAA